CCUGGCAGCCCAGGCGACCCUCCUUUGGCAGUCGCCAGCCUUUUAAGACGAUCCCCCGCCUCGCCUACCCCCCAGUAGUCCCCCACUCGGUCCCGUUAGGCCGGCGAAGCGGAGCGCCCGCGAGAAGCGGCCGCCCAUGCCCCGGACCGCGGCACGCUUCGCUGGAUGGACCUGGAAGCAGCCUUCGGAGAAGCCCGGAGGAGCCUGGAUGAGGCGCCCCACAAGAGCAUGGACGGCUUGCUGAGCCCGUCCCCUUUCCAGGCCAGCAGCAGCCACUGCCGGAACGUGGCUCUCGGCGGCCCCAGCCCCUCGAUGCACGGCCCCAGCUACCCUCCCCUGGACGGCGCCCCUCCGGGCUCCGGAGAAGCCUCCGCCAAGCAGUGCAUUCCGUGCCCGGGGGCCAUCCCGCAGGCAGCCUCCUCGACCACCACCGCCGCGCCCUUCUCCUACGGAUGUUUCGGCGGCGGCUACUACUCGUACCGGGUGGCGCGGAGCGCCCUUAAGCCGUGCCCCGCGCCGCCGCAGGCCGGCUACCCGGCGGAGAAGUACGUGGACGCCUGCAGCUCCGCAGCCAGCGCGGCUGCUCCCGAGGAGUACCAGACGCGCCCGGCGGAGUUCGCCUUCUACCCGGGCUACGCGGGGCCUUACCAGCCCAUGGCGAGCUACCUGGACGUUUCUGUGGUCCAGACCAUAGGGGGGCCACCUGGCGAGGCCAGGCACGAAGCGCUCCUGCCCGUGGACCCUUAUCACGAACCCUGGGCCUUGGCCGGAGGCUGGAACAACCAGGUGUGUUGUCCGAAAGAUCAAAGCCCCGCAGGACACUUUUGGAAAACUGCUUUCGCAGAAGCGGUAGGCCAACACCCUCCGGAGGGCUGCUCCUUCCGCCGAGGCCGCAAGAAGAGGAUCCCUUACAGCAAGGGGCAGCUGAAGGAGCUGGAGAAGGAGUACGCCAACAGCAAGUUCAUCACCAAGGACAAGCGGCGGAAGAUCUCCGCCGCCACCAACCUCACCGAGAGACAGAUCACCAUUUGGUUCCAGAACCGGAGGGUGAAAGAGAAGAAGGUGGUGGCCAAGGUGAAAACCACCAGUAGCAGCACUAGCAGCAGCAGCAGCAGCAGCAGCACCCCUUGAGAUCGAGACACCGCGCACAGAGGGGGAAAGAAGGAAGCAAGGCAGGCAGGGUGGCAGCCCGGGGGGCAAGAGAGGGAGGCAUGGAUUCAGACAUCUCUGGGGUCUCCCCAAGGCCUUGCGGGACAGGAGCUGGAAAGGGGGGAAAGGGGGGGGGGAGGAAAACAGCAGGGG